AGCUCGGGCAAGAGCUCGGUCAUGGAGUCCUUGGUGGGGCAGAGCAUCUUGCCGCGCGGUACGGGCAUCGUCACCCGACGACCCCUCAUCAUUCAGCUCAUCUACACGCCCGAGGAUGACCGCGUGCAUCGCUGCGCCGAAGACGGUACGCUCAACCGCACCAGUUGGGCCAAGUUCCUCCACACCAAGGACCAGGUCUACACGGACGAGGAUGAGAUCCGCCGCGAGAUCGAGCGUGAGACGGACCGCAUGGCCGGCGAUAACAAGGGUAUCUGUCCUGAGCCCAUCUCGCUCAAGUACUAUUCGGCCCAUGUCUUGAGUUUGACCUUGGUCGAUUUGCCCGGACUCACCAAGGUGCCCGUGGGUGACCAGCCCGAUGAUAUCGAGAACCAGAUUCGAUCACUUCUGUUCAAAUAUAUUACCAAUCCCAAUUCCAUUAUUUUGGCCGUGUCCGCCGCCAAUGCCGAUAUCGCCACUUCAGAGAGUCUCAAGCUGGCCAAAGACGUGGAUCAGGACGGCCGAAGAACGCUGGCCGUCAUCACUAAACUCGAUCUCAUGGAUGCGGGCACGGACGCCAUCGACAUUUUGUGCGGACGCGUUAUCCCCGUCAAAUUGGGCAUUAUCGGUGUGAUCAAUCGCUCGCAGCAAGAUAUUAAAGACAAAAAGUCCAUCACGGACCAGAUGAAGGACGAGGCAUCGUUUCUACAGCGCAAGUACCCCACGCUCGCCACGCGAAACGGGACUCAGUAUCUGGCCAAAACGCUCAACCGCCUCCUCAUGCACCAUAUUCGAGACUGUCUCCCGGAGCUCAAAACCCGUGUCAAUGUCAUGGCCGCCCAGUUUCAGUCGCUCUUGAACUCUUAUGGCGAAGAUGUGGGCGACAAGAACACCACCUUGUUGCAAAUUAUCACCAAAUUUGCCUCAGCCUACGUGGCCACUCUAGACGGGACCUCCCGGAACAUCGAAACCUCAGAACUGUGUGGAGGAGCCCGGAUUUGUUACAUAUUCCACGAGACUUUCGGUCGUACCCUGGACUCAAUUCAUCCUCUGGCAGGUCUGACAGCCAUGGACAUUCUGACGGCCAUUCGUAACGCCACGGGUCCCCGACCCGCGCUCUUUGUGCCGGAAGUGUCUUUUGAGUUGUUGGUCAAGCGACAAAUCGGUCGACUCGAGGAGCCCUCUGUGCGCUGUAUCGAGUUGGUCCAUGAAGAGAUGCAGCGAAUCAUCCAACACUGUGGCAACGAGGUUCAGCAGGAGAUGCUUCGUUUCCCCCGCCUCCAUGAGAAGAUUAUCGAUGUGGUCACGAAUCUGUUGCGCUCCCGACUUCCACCCACCAACACCAUGGUCGAGAAUCUAGUGGCCAUCGAGCUGUCCUACAUCAAUACGAAACAUCCGGAUUUUCAUCAAGAUGCCAUGUUGGCCGGUGCCAUGAUGAGCGAGGACCGAGGCAGUGUGAUUCGUCGUACUGCCAACGAAAAAGCGGCCACCAACAAUCGAGCGCAACGCAACCGACCGCUCACGGUCCAUUAUGGGGGUGGGGCCGCCCCCAAUGGCGUUCUCCCAUUGGAAGACAAAGAUAACCUAUCCAGGGGUUCGAAAGUGGGCGAUGCCAUGGGUAACAGUAACGCUUCCAACUGGCUUAACAAUAUUCUGCCCGCACCCAAGGGCGAAGACCAAGGUGAAGAUGACGAGGCCUCAAACUCGUCCCGCGGGCCAGAAUCAGGAGCACCGGCCACUCACGCCCUAAUGAGCGGUAACACUCCAAUCAAACCAGUCAAUCUUCUCCCUGAGGUACCCAGUCAUCAGUCUCGCAAAUUAAGUGAUCGAGAGCAACGCGAUUGUGAAGUGAUCGAACGCCUGAUCAAAGCCUACUUCUACAUUGUUCGGAAGAGCAUUCAGGAUACCGUGCCUAAAGCUAUCAUGCAUUUCCUCGUCUCGUACGUGAAGGAUAAUCUCCAAUCCGAGCUCGUUUCCUCCCUCUACAAGCAAGAUCAGAUUGCGAGUUUGCUCGCCGAAUCUGAGCACAUAGGACAACGCCGUAAAGAGGCGGCCGAGAUGCUUCAGGCUCUUCAAAAGGCCAGUCAAAUCAUCAGUGAAAUUCGCGAGACCCAUGUGUGGUAAAUGGUGAGCUACGAUGUUAGCCAACAACGCAACGCCCUUAUGUCCGAGAAUCGCUUCGUAGUCACUCCCACAAGAUUUUAGAAAUUCAUUUCAGUUAUUUUGUUUCUCCAAUCGCAGAUCUAUUCGUCUUGCUUUCCAAUUGAAAAUACUUUCAUGACAGGAUCUCUUGUGUGAAGACGUGCUUGUCGUUUUAAGUUCUGUGGAGAAUAAUACACCUCGAGUUGCUUGUCAA